AUGCAAUACAUGAGAGUUGGAAGCUCCGGCCUCAAAGUCUCCAAGAUCAUAGUUGGCUGUAUGACCUAUGGUGACAAGAACUGGCAACCCUGGGUCCUGACCCAAGAAGAGGCAUUCCCUAUCCUCAAGCAUGCAUAUGAUUCUGGUAUCAACACAUUCGAUGUCGCCGAUGUAAAUUCCAAUGGACGCUCAGAGGAGAUCCUUGGCGCCUUCUUCAAAGAGUAUAAUAUCCCUCGGAACAAAGUUGUCAUCAUGACCAAGGUGUUCCAUUUCGUCGAUCCUGCGAGAGGAGCUGUUGAUGCCGCUGGCCAAGCGAGAAACGAUGAUGUUCAGGUGAAUCAAGUCGGACUAUCAAGAAAGCACAUUUUCGACGCUGUAGACGCCAGCAUUGCCCGCCUCGGUACUUAUAUUGACGUUCUCCAAACUCACCGUCUUGAUCGCGAAGUGUCACUCGAAGAAACCAUGAAAGUCUUAAAUGAUAUCAUGGCAGCCUGGGAGUUCCAGAUGGCGCAGAACGUAGCCGAAAAACACAACUGGCAUAAGUUCAUCUCAAUGCAAGGCUUCUACAACCUGCUCUACCGCGAAGAGGAGCGCGAGAUGAACGCAUACUGCAGGGAAGCCAAGAUUGGCCUUUUUCCCUGGUCGCCACUAGCCGCCGGUGUGCUCGCCCACUCCUGGGAAGAUCGCACUGAUGAACGUGAGAAGAGUGAUGUCUUCUUGAAGCUACUUUUCCGUGGUAAGCAUCUUGAGGCUGAUCAAGAAAUUGUACGAAGGGUGGAAGAAUUGGCUGGUAAGAGGGGUGUUAGCAUGGCCAUCAUUGCGAUUGCUUGGAUUAUAUCAAAGGGAGGAAUGGCGCCUGUCUGCGGAUUAUACAACAAACAGCAGGUGGAUGAUAGUUUGAAAGCUUUAAGUGUUCAACUUACCGAACAGGAAAGUAAAUAUUUGGAGGAGACUUAUGUUCCAAAGCAUGUUAUGGGUUACUGA